AAGCAACUUCGUUUUCGUCUUCGUCUUCGUCUUCGUCUUCUUCCAGCUCCAACCCCCAAGUAACCCCAAGGAGAGAGGAGGAUGGGUCCUCCGCGCCUUCUGCGGGGCCUCCUUCCGCUUCCUCAGCUCCUCUCCGCGGACGCCUGGCUUCCCUGCAGCAGCCGCCUGCAGCUUCUGCUCUCCCACUCCCACUACUCCCGCCUCACCCUCCGCUGGCCCUCCUGCGCCGACGCCUUCAAGCUGCUGCUCGCCCUUCUCCUCGUCUCCGCCGCCCUCGCCGAGGUCCGCUACAUCGCCUCCUCCUCCAUGGCCCCCACGCUCCGCCCCGCCGACCGCGCCGUCGCCGAGAAGAUCACCUACUUAUUUCGGAGGCCGUCUAUUGGUGACAUAGUGUUUUUCAGAGUGCCCACGGCCUUGCAGAAUCAUGGCAUAAAUAAGGAUGUUGUUUUUAUUAAGAGGAUAUUGGCAACACCUGGAGAUUUCAUCGAGGUUCGGCAAGGGCAGCUUAUUGUAAAUGGUGUUGCACUAAAGGAACGAUACACAGCAAGCCAUGCAUCAUACACAAUGGAAGCAAUGCGUCUUCCUGAAGGCCAUGUAUUUGUCAUGGGUGAUAACCGUAAUAACAGUUGUGAUUCUCGUGCCUGCAGGGGCCCCCUUCCUGUCAGCAAUAUCAUUGGAAGAUACAUGAUGUCCUUCACAAGAACCUCCAUCCAGUAACCAAGGUGAAGAGGAUUGAUGACCCUGAGUAUUGGAAGCUACCUGAUGCUGUUUGAUAUGACGCUAAGUUGAUACCGACCGAGUUAUGUUUGGCUUGAGCCCGUAUAUUGUGUGAGGAGUUGCUUUCCACUGCGGCAUGUGGCAUUGCAGAUGUAUCGCUGCCACUCCGGUGGAAAACUAGCAGGUGCUAGAUAGGUGGAGCCUGCAAAAUGUAUCAAUAACCUGUAGGGUUGGGUGGCGAACUUCUGGACUGGUAUGAUACGGUUUAGGUGUUGGUACACGGUAGUAUUUGUUUACGGCAAUAUGUAUUCACUUCAAAUUAUCUUGAUGACUAUUUGCUAGUAUCUAUUAUAGUGAAUCAGGAGAACAUCUAGUGCUCCAACCCUUUCAUUACUGCCUGUAUCUGCAAUUCUGUAUCCAUCACAAAAGGCUUACAUGUCGCGGAAUAUUCAUGGACAUUUUGUUCUUUUUUAAAAAAGAAGAAUCUACUG